AUGUCGGGAGUUGAUGCACUCCUGGGAACAUCACUGAAUCUGGUGGCCUACAGUCGCUUGGCAGGAGCAACCUGCUGCCUGUCGCCUGCAUUCACCGAGCCUUUCCGGAGGGUGUGCACAGCGAAGGUCGCAUCCAGGCAAACAUGUGAGAUCGACUCCGUCUACCUCCUAGACUACCUGGCACUUGCAUGGAAGGCCACUUUGUUGAAACCCUCACCAGGCUUCGAACAGCUCGAACCGAUGAUUGGAGGUGCGUUCCAUGUUUGUAGUUCAAUGCGUGUGUUGAAGACUUGCACACGACUUUAG